UGGCAUGGUGAUAACGGGUAAUGACGCCAGUCUAGCUCGCUCUGGAAGUUUCAAGCAAGUGAAAACAACUGAAAGUGGCGUAAAUUGGACUGAAAGAAAACACACACAGCUUGCUAAAAGCAUAUGUCGCUAGAUAGCAAGCGAAAUAUUACUCUUGUUCGUUUAGGAGGCUAUAAUGAACUGUUCAUUUGACAAACGUUAGACUGUAACAACAGUAGCUAAAGUAUAAUUACAGUCAACAUCUGUGAAUGUUAGCUUGCUAGCUAGCUUGCUAACGUCACCUGCCUAUUGUACUUACGUACUAGCUAGCUAAGCUACAUCACCUUGAGGAUGAAAAAGAGGGUUGAGAAAGUCGUGAAAGAGAAGGCAGCUGGUAACGUUGAGGAUGAGUUUUCGAAAACUGCUGGACUAAAUAUACAGGAGAAAUGUCCAGUUCAGAGGAUAGAUGAUUAUCAGUGCUCUGGCAGCCUGGAGAUGGACUUCCCUGAGCUGUGUUCUCUUCUGGGCAUGAAGGAGAUCCCUGCUGUAACCCCACGAGCCCCAGCCUCUGUCACUCCUACCACAGAGAGAGGCAACAUGGAGGAGAGCCAGUCCCAGAUGGGUGCUGGUAUAGCGACCACAACGUGGUGCCCUAAACCACGCCUCCAAGUGGAGCUGGAGAGCGAGGACCCUCGCAGUAUUAAGGAGGUCAGGGUGUGUGGGUGGAAGGUAGAUGAGCUGAUGGCUCGAGUGCUUAACAAGACACUUCCAGCCCUAAGCAACCUACAGAAUCUGCAUCUGUGGUGUGCUGGUCUGACGGGGCGAACUCUGACCUCCCUGAAGAAUACAAUAUCUCUCUGCUCAAACCUAAGGACUGUGGUUUUGGAGGGAAACCCACUACCAGAGCAGAGUUAUCACCUCCUUAUAUCUGAAGACAGUAUGCUUACUCAUGUAUCACUGCGUAAUAACCGGAUUGGCGAGGAGGGAGCUCGCCUGAUUGGCUCAGCCCUCGCUACAGCCCAGACUGCCAACAAUAAUCUUCUGUCACUCAAUCUGGCCUUCAAUUCCAUUGGUGAUGCGGGUGCUGCUCAUAUAGCACAGGGUUUGCGUCUGAAUCGCUCUUUGCUGUGUCUCUCUCUGGCCAAUAAUCAUAUUGGAGACACAGGAGCCUCUCGUCUGGCAGAGGUGCUGGGUCCUUUUUCUCUGACCCACGAUGAGGUUGUUGAGAGGAGGAGGCUGCUGCUCAGAAGAGACCAGUCGCCCUCUCAUGCUGACUCUAAGUGUGAACGACCUCUCUCCAUCCCCAGCAGCUCCUCACUGGAGCGCAACGUCAGCAAAGGAGCCAAGGUUGCCUCUAAGAAAAAAGACACAGCCAAAAAGGAUGAGAAGCCAGCAGCAAACCAAACAGGAGGGGUAGCAGGAAAGAAAGAGGAACCAAAGUUGGCCAGAAAAGCCUCUGACACCAAGUUGCCCCGGGGUAAAGGGGGAAAGUCAGGGGGUAAAGAGAAGCGCCCAUCUGUGUUGGAUCAAGAGGAGAAGGCCAAUGCUACACAGAAUAAGUCAGCAGAGUUGGUUGAGACAGUGAGCCCCCUGCUGGAGCCGGGAGUGCAACACACUGGAGGCAGAGUAAUUCUGCCUGGGAACACAGCCCUCACCUCCCUCAACCUAGCAGGCAACAGGCUUUCAGAGCAGUCGCUGCUCCUCUUCCUGUCCUCAGUGGGGGCGCAGACUGAAGGGGGAGGUCUGCUUCGUCUCUGUCUCAAUAGAAACCGCUUCCCUCCAGACUGUGAUUCCUUCCUCAAGAUAAAAGAACUGAUGUCACUCAGGGAUCCUCUCAACAAAACGGCCUCUGCUCAAGUAGAUGACGAACAGGGGCAGGCAGCAUAAACUAUAGAUAGCAGAGUGAAAAUCUUAACUCCCCUACCCAUUUUGUUAUCGUGGGUACCAGAACCAAUUCGUGCUACCUUGCCACUCCUUGUUUGGCAUAUGACAAUAACUGGCACGAUAGCAGGUCUGGUACCCAGGCUACCAAUUUGUUUCUCAAUUUGAAUUACAAAUUGAUGUUUUUCCUGCUAGUGCCCCAUUUAUAUUUCCACAUGUCACUUGUCUACUCUAGUCCAAUCAAUAAACAAAAACAAUGACAUGAAAUACUACUCACCUCCACAACUGUUCACUUCAUAAGAGGUGAAAUCUUUAACUCUGAAAAUAAACAGUUGUAGGAAUCAGGAUGCAGUCAGGGAUCCUUGUUUGCACAUUGGAUGCAUUUUAGUUUAUGAAUUCCAUUCAAAUGUCUUUGUAUAUCAGCAAGCUCCUGAUUUAGUUAAAACAUUUACGAUGCCAAGCCAAACAAAGCACAAAAAUAGCGAUCUGUUUUACAUACUUUUUAGUUGUCACUUGAAAGGUGCCAGCACGCACCAGGAUGUGAAAACGAGUCUCUACUGGUGAAUGCAUUUCAAGAAAUAUUUGUGAAGGCACAUUGGACAACAUUUAUUUCAUGCCACUGUUAGCUGCUAGUUAAACUUUAGAUGAGCUGCAAUGGAUGGGAUGGGGACAUCCCUGGUACUCCUGCCAGUCUUUUACACUCUCAGCACCUGAUGUGUCAACGUUCAGCUCCAUCCAGCGCGACACCCAGGCAAACAAUGUUUAAAAAAUUAAAAUGUGAAUUGUUGCAUCAUUUAAAUUGGGGUUAUGAUGACAGUAUUGUGUUACCGUAAUGUUACGUUUUUUAAACUGUAUAAAAAAAGGGGCUGAAUCGACGUUAAGGUCAUUCAAACCCAUUAGCUCCCUUUUGAUAACAGUAAUACUCCAAUUGGCUAGUCAAGAGUUUAUCAAAGCAUCAGCAGCUUCAAUACAAAAGUUGGUAGUUGAUUAUUUAGCCAGCAUAUUGUCUGAAACCAGAGGAAGAUGAUCCACCUCUACCCAAGUCUGCUUGGGGGGAGAAUGUUGAGUGGAGACCGGCAUUUUGCCAUUUUCCCCAUGUGCAAAGAGGUUGCCUUAACAUGCUUGCUUCGU